ACAGUAAAUGUCUACGGGCCACUAAGAGUACCACGAAAAUAUAAAAUUCUUCAUGGAGGCCUGCAUGGAAGAACCCAUGGAGGAAGAGAGAAGCGUAGAGCAUUUCGAUAUAGGUACUUUUGUCCUUAACCACAGAAAACUGUGUCAGCUGGUGAUACCAUUGAUAAAGUGGUACGAAAGUUUACAAUUUGUGAUCAGGUGGCAGUCUUGGCGAAUUACUUUUGUCAUCAUGUUGGUUACAAUUUACUUGUCUAUCAGUUAUCCAGCAUAUGUUGUCCAUAUACCACUGGUGUAUGUGUCAGUUAUAUUUGGCUUAUCUGGGAUAAGAAGGCUGGGAAGAAAAACUUCAAAAGUCAGUAAUCUCUUGCAAAGAAAAAAAGUUUGCAGGAAAGAUGAUGAUGAUUUGAAUUUAGAUGUUAAACUGGCAGUCAUUAAGGAAGCACAUGAUCAUCUAAAAGAGUACAUUAAGAUCUCUGUGCAAAUACAGAUGGUAGAGGAAACCUUGUGUGAAUGCCUCGAACAGUUUUACAGCAUUGCCAGAUGGGAAGAUCCCUCUGUUUCAAAGAGGUGCUUUCUUUCUCUCUUGUUGUCAGCAUGCAUUUUAUUUUUUCUCCCUGGAAGAUACCUGGUGACUUUUGGCCUCAUACUCACAUUUCUAGGCAACUCAGGCUUUAAAGAAGUUUUCAGGGAGGCUCAAGGGAAAUUCUGGCUUAGACUACAGCGAGUGAAGAAGAAUAUUUUAUCACAGAACUUUUGGAUUGGUCUGGUAAAUCCUUGGUUGGAAAUUUCUUCAAAAACUCAAACUAACCUAGAAGUAACAGAAAAUGAUUACGAUGAUGAAUGGUAUGAUGCACAAGAACAGAAGAUAUCUCUCUCCGAGGAUGAGAAUUACGAGCAAGAGGAUACCCCGUUAACAAGGAGAAGUGCAAAGCGUUUCUCUGGAUUGUCUGUGGUGACCCAUUUCAGCGACUACCGCAGGAAAAAAAAGCGCGUAAAUAGUGUAAACUGUGCUUCAUGCGAUGUUACAUUUUCUUCUCUGUUAAAGAAAAGGCAAUACUGCCGGCAUUGCGGAGAUAGCUUUUGCUCUCGCUGUUGCUGUAAGCGUGUAAAAAGAGCUGUAUUUGGAGCAACUGCACCGGCAGCUUAUGAAGAGACAGUACUAGUUUGUAACAGUUGCCAUGGCUACCUCAUGAACAAAGAAGAUGAAAAUAAAGCGGACAUUUGGUGAAGGACAAUGGAUUGUUAGAAAACCUGUUCAGGUGGUCGGUCGAUUGUAAGGGUAUGAAGCUGUUGCGCCUAGUGACUCGAGUAAAGCAGGGAACGGCUGCUUGCUGUUUAAAGCUUUCUGUAUUAACGACGUGGAAGGUUUUGCAAAAACGUAAUACUGGCAAAGGAAGGCCUGGAUGGUAACUCCUGAGGAACACUUGUUGAUUGCACUGCAAAUUUGAUGGAGCCGUGGUUCUCCAUUUGAAAUAAGAUUCUUCAUGAUAAAUUAUGGUAAAAGUGUAUUCUACUGUAUGUUUAAUUCACAUAGGCAAUACCCAUUAAUUAAAUGCCCUCUGAUUGGAGGAGUGAGAAUUCAGA